AUGGCGGACAUGGAGGACAUGGAGGGCAUGGAUAUUACGGAGGACACCGAGGACAUUGGUGACAUGGAAGACAUGGACGACAAGUUGUCAUGUAGCUCGGAAGUGUCUAUCAUUGAUCGCACAAAUCCAAAGGACCGCCCGAGAUCCAUAGAGGAUGCGGUUGACUUGGCCAUCGGACACCUCUUCCCGUGGGUAAACCACUGCUCCAAUGUCAUCACGCGACAAGUGGGAAAAGCACUCAAGAGAGCGUAUCUGGAGGAAUCCCGAAGCUGGUCGUGGGAGAUGAGCCUCGAGUUCAGACACACCGCGCCGACGCUCAACUUCUCCGUCUACGCGCAGACGGGAUCCAUCACCAGCCACAUCAUCGGCAGAAAAGCGAGGAACAACGGCGCCACCUGGGUUCAUUUCUGGUUCCUGCGCGUCAUGUUUGGCCCGCGAGCGUGCUCGAGGCAGCUCUGGUUUGCGGAGCUGGUCGAUAAGCACCCUUGGAUGCUCGACGAAGCCCCCGGGGGCGUCGUUCCUUCAACGGCAUACACGAUCAUCAAGUCUGGGCAGGAGGACUGGGAGCCUGCGACGCCGAAGACCAUGGAGCGGCCUGAUGCCCUGGCUGUCGCACGGGCGAAGCGAGAGGCUGCUGCCGAGAGCACCUCUAACCCACGGCCCAGAAAGACGCCCAGAGCAUCUACUCCUGCUCCACAGCCGCAGGAGGAGGCGGCGGUCGAGGGGGAUAUAUGGGCCCAGCUUGAUGCCGCGGAUUUCAGCGAGGCUUUCAACGCCCGAAUUCCUUUGAAGACGGAUGGAGAGUUGCAGGGGCUCAAGGCAAAGCACGAAGCGUUGCAGUUGGCACACGAGACUCUUUGGGAGAAGCACAAGGCGUUGGAGGAAAAGUACCGCAAGCAGGAGGAGAAGCUGGAGAAGCUCUGCAUGGGGCUUGUUCAGCUUGGGAACUUGGUGAAGCAUCAGAAUGGAGUUUGA